CCCCAGCAGUCCCUGAGUGUCCCCUGUCCCUGUCCCCAGAUGUCCAGCUCCCCGCUGUCGAAGAAGCGCCGCGUCUCUGGGUCAGAGCCACCGACGGGCUCCAGCCGCGCCCCUGCCCCCGCCGUGUCCCCGAGCGUCACCCCCGCCAACGGAAUGGCGAAGAACGGGGCCGAGGCCGAGAUCGAUGAGGGGCUCUACUCCCGCCAGCUGUACGUGCUGGGCCACGAGGCCAUGAAGCGCAUGCAGACCUCCAACGUGCUGGUGUCGGGGCUGCGGGGGCUGGGCGUGGAGGUGGCCAAGAACCUGGUGCUGGGGGGAGUCAAAUCCGUCACCCUGCACGACCCCCACCCCGCAGCCUGGGCCGACCUGGCCUCCCAGUUCUACCUGCGGGAGGAGGACGUGGGGCGCAGCCGGGCCGAGGCCACGCUGCCGCGCUUGGCCGAGCUCAACUCCUACGUGGCCGUGAGCAGCACCCGGGAGCCGCUGUCCCAGGAGCUGCUGGGCACAUUCCAGGUGGUGGUGCUGACCAACUCCCCGCUGGAGGAGCAGCUCUGGGUGGGCGAUUUCUGCCACAGCCACGGCAUCAAACUGGUGGUGGCCGACACGCGCGGGCUCUUCGGGCAGCUAUUCUGUGACUUUGGGGACGACAUGGUGGUGACAGACCCCAACGGGGAGCAGCCCCUCAGUGCCAUGGUGUCCAUGGUCACCAAGGGCUGUCCUGGGGAGGUGACCUGCCUGGACGAGGCGCGUCACGGCUUCGAGACGGGCGACUUCGUCACCUUCACGGAGGUGGAGGGGAUGGAGGAGCUGAACCGCUGCGGGCCCGUGGAGAUCCGCGUGCUGGGGCCCUACACAUUCAGCAUUGGGGACACCAGCAGCUACGGGGACUACGUGCGGGGUGGCAUCGUCACCCAGGUCAAGAUGCCCAAGCACAUCCACUUCAAACGGUUGCGGGACGCAAUGGCCGAGCCCGAGAUGAUGGUGACGGAUUUCGGGAAGGCCGAGAGGCCCUCGAUGCUGCACUGGGCGUGGCAGGGCCUGCACCGCUUCCUGCGGCAGCACGGCCGCGCCCCGCGGCCCCGCCACCAGGGUGAUGCGGCCGAGGUGGUGGCCCUGACCAAGGAGGUGGCCGCGGGGGCCGAGCUGGACGAGGAGCUGGUGCGGGAAUUGGCCUUCCAGGCCACCGGCGACCUGGCCCCGGUCAACGCCUUCAUCGGCGGCCUGGCCGCGCAGGAGGUCAUGAAGGCCGUGUCGGGGAAGUUCACGCCCAUCACGCAGUGGCUUUACUUCGACGCACUCGAGUGUCUGCCUGAGGAGAACCGCGACACGCUGCUCACCGAGGAGCAGUGCCGGCCGCGCAACAGCCGCUACGACGGGCAGAUCGCCGUGUUCGGGGCUGAUCUUCAGGCCAAGCUGGGCGCCCAGAAGUACUUCGUGGUGGGAGCGGGGGCCAUCGGCUGCGAGCUGCUCAAGAACUUCGCCAUGGUGGGCCUGGGCUGCGGCCCCGAGGGCAGCGUCACCGUCACCGACAUGGACACCAUCGAGAAGUCCAACCUCAACCGCCAGUUCCUCUUCCGGCCGUGGGACGUCACGGGACCCCAAGUUCCUGGAGCGCACCCUGGCCUGUUUGGGAUCCCCCUAACCCCUGUACCCCCUUUCUCCCCCAGGGACCCCAAGUUCCUGGAGCGCACCCUGCGCCUGGCGGGCACGCAGCCGCUGGAGGUGCUGGAGGCCGUGCAGCGCAGCCUGGUCAGCGACCGGCCCCGCGCCUGGCCCGACUGCGUGGCCUGGGCCUGCCGGCACUGGCACCGCCAGUACAGCAACAACAUCCGCCAGCUGCUGCACAACUUCCCCCCGGGGCAGAAAACAAACUCGGGGACCCUGUUCUGGUCGGGGCCCAAGCGCUGCCCCCACCCCCUCGUGUUCGACCCCGACAACCCCCUGCACCUGGACUACGUGGUGGCGGCGGCGAACCUGUUUGCGCAGAGCUACGGCAUCGCGGGCUCGCGGGACCGGGCGGCCGUGGCCGAGCUGCUGCGGCACGUCCGCGUGCCGCCCUUCGCGCCCAAGGCCGGCGUGCGCAUCCACGUGUCUGACCAGGAGCUGCAGAGCGCCAGCGCCGCGCUGGAUGACGGGCGCCUGGAGGAGCUGAAGGCGUCGCUGCCCAGCCCCGAGGAGCUCCCGGGGUUCAGGAUGUUCCCCAUCGACUUCGAGAAGGACGAUGACACCAAUUUCCACAUGGAUUUCAUCGUGGCUGCCUCCAACCUGCGGGCAGAGAACUACGACAUCCCCCCGGCCGACCGCCACAAGAGCAAACUGAUCGCAGGGAAGAUCAUCCCGGCCAUCGCCACCACCACGGCGGCCGUGGUGGGCCUGGCGUGCCUGGAGCUCUUCAAGCUGGUGCAGGGGCACCGCCGGCUGAGCUCCUACAAGAACGCCUUCCUCAACCUGGCGCUGCCCUUCGUGGGCUUCUCCGAGCCCCUCGCCUGCCCCCGCAACAAGUACUACGAGGUGGAGUGGACGCUGUGGGACCGGUUCGAGGUGCAGGGGCUGCAGCCCGACGGGCAGGAGAUGACCCUGCGCCAGUUCCUCGCCUACUUCAAGAAGGAGCACCGGCUGGAGAUCACCAUGCUGUCCCAGGGCGUGUCCAUGCUCUACUCCUUCUUCAUGCCGGCCGCCAAGCUGCGCGAGCGCCACGACCAACCGAUGACAGAGAUCGUGACGCGGGUGUCCAAGAAGAAGCUGGGCCGCCACGUCAAGGCGCUGGUGUUCGAGCUGUGCUGCAACGACGACAGCGACGCCGACAUCGAGGUGCCCUACGUGCGCUACACCAUCCGCUAGGGGGCGCCCGGCCACGCCCCCGCCCGGCCACGCCCCCGCACCGGCCACGCCCCAUCACGCCCCGCCCCUCUCCCAUAGUCGUUGUUGUGUCGGCCCCGCCCCCUGGGUGGGGGCGGGGUCUGGGGGCGGGGCGAGGGCCCCGCCCAAUAAACAUAGACCUUGGCAAAAAGG